UACAGUUGACAUGGCUAAUAACUGCAUAUUACUGCUUCUAAACAACAAUAACAAAACAGCAUAUCAACUAACUUACUUUUGUUUUGAUUAAUCAAAUGCAGUUUGCAAACAAUAUGCUCAAACUUUAAAGGGUUAGUUCACCCAAAAAUGAAAAUUGUGUCAUUAAUAACUCACCCUCAUGUCGUUCCAAACCCGUAAGACCUCCGUUCAUCUUCAGAACACAGUUUAAAAUAUUUUAGAUUUAGUCCGAGAGCUUUCUGUCCCUCCAUUGAAAAUGUAUGUACGGUAUACUGUCCAUGUCCAGAAAGGUAAGAAAAACAUCAUCAAAGUAGUCCAUGUGACGUCAGAGGGUCAGUUAGAAUUUGUAUAGAAUUUUGGUCCAAAAAUAGCAAAAACUAUGACUUUUUUUAUUCAGCAUUGUCUUCUUUUCCGGGUCUGUUGUGAGAGUGUUCAAACACAACAGUUGAUAUCCAGUUCACAAACGAAUCACUCGAUGUAACCGGAUCUUCUUGAACCAGUUCACCAAAUCGAACUGAAUCGUUUGAAACGGUUCGCGUCUCCAAUACGCAUUAAUCCACAAAUGACUUAAGCUGUUAACUUUUUUAAUGUGGCUGACACUCCCCCUGAGUUCAAACAAACCAAUAUCCUGGAGUAAUUCAUUUACUCAAACAGUACACUGACUGAACUUAUGUGAAGAGAGAACUGAAGAUGAACACCGAGCCAAGCCAGGUAACGAAUCAAUCUUUUAUUCGUGUCUCAAGUCAAGAAGAAACGGUUCUCGGUUCAGUGUAUGAAUAAAUGUCUAAAAAAAUAAUAAUUAAAGGGAAGGCUGUGGCAAGUAAACGAUGCUCAGUUGGUACUGAGUGGCUCAAAGUUUUCCAAGAACAUAUCCCCCACACCAUUACAUCACCAUCACCAGCCUGAACCACUGAUACAAGACAGGAAUGAUGGGUGCUUAUAUGUUGUUUAUGCCAUAUUCUGAACCUGCCAUCUAAAUGAAAUUUAGACUCAUCAGACCAGACAACCUUUUUCCAAUCUCCUAUUGUCCAGUUUAAGUGAGCUAGUGUUAAUUCUAGCCAUUCCCCCCUUCUUCUUAGCUGAUAGGACUGGCACUUUGUGGUCUUCUGCUGCUUUAGCCCAGUUGCUUCAAGGUUCAAUGUGUUGUGCAUUCAGGGAUGCUAUUAUGAAAUACUGAGCCUAGCUCACAGUUGUCUGAUUACGUGGGGUCUAAUAAAUUUCGCUAAUGACUCCAGCGUCAAUUCCAUCAUUUCUCACUUAAGUGAGGAACACAGAAACGGGUGGGAGGAGUGAGGUACAAGCAGAAAUAUGCAGAAGUGCGAUUCUCAUUUUCACAUGUCAACUUAUUGGCCUAAACACAAAGGGAUUUUUACACUUGAGUCACAUGUGUGAUCACACACAGUGCCAUAUAUCCAGGAUUAAUAAACCCUUAAGGGGGAACUCAGCAUAUUAUCAAUUAGGGGGGCUUUGCUUUUUGAGUGUAUUCAUGUGUGAGAACAUAAGUCAAAUAUCUCCCAGUUUACUGUCAAUGACAUCUGUCAUUAUAGAAGCCACAGAGUAGUAAAAUGUGUUAGAUAGGACUCGGUGCAAUCUUAUUUAGUCAUAAUUGAAUAUAAUUGGAUGGUUAUAAUUGGAUUUCACAAAAUUACCCAGAGUAGCCUCAGGAUGGGGCAUGCAUAGGGUAAUGCAUUAUUACUAAACCAGUGAGCAAAUCUCUCUCACAUACAUUCAUAGUCACACACAUAAUCUUGCAUAAUUAUACUGUGUCAGAGGUAGGGAGAACUUUUUUAUUUUAUUUUAUUUACUAGUUUUUUUGUUUUGAAUUGACCCCUAAAUAAGUCCAGCCUUAAAAGCAACAAUAUAUGGCAGUGAUAAAUUCCUUGGUUUAAUUUAUGCUGAAAACUGAAAGAUUCAAGUUAUCUCUCACUGCUGCUCAUUGUCAUGUCAUAUGUAUGUGUGAUGGAAAGUGAUACAUCUUCUUUGCAAAGUUUUCAGUAACCGAGGUCACUUUGGGUUAUGCUUUCUAUGAGGAUAUGAAGUCUGAUAAAUGCUCUGUACUUACAAUGAUCUCUGACCAUGAGACAGACAAUCAACAUUUCUUUUUAAAACAUGGACAGAGGAAGCAUUCAACCACUAUUUUCUUCUUGAUCAAAAGACUCAAAGCUGUUUGGGUGAGACCGUGGGUUGAAAGGGUAAGUGUACUAUUAUAUGGCACAUUUGGACAUAGUAAAUAAUAUAAGAAAGAAGGAUGAUGGUGAUGACGAUAGUGAAGGUUUUUUUUCAGCUGGCAGAACAAAGUCUGUAAAUUCGCUGAACUUCUUUGCAUUCAGUCUUUCAUUGUAAUCUAUAUUAUUUGGUGAAAGAAUGAGACCAGAAAUACAGUAAAAAUUCAAGGAAAUUAGGCUAUAAGAAAGAAAAUGAGAGCGAUACUGUGUGAGUUUAUUUGCGUAAGCAAAAGUUGGUAGGUGUCACUCACCAUUGAGAAGCAGUGACUGGACUUGUGAGUGUGGGUGUACUUCCGAACUGUUCUAAUGUUUCAUGUCCGCUUCAGCAAACACAAGCAACACUUUCUUACAAAUGCAGGAAACAAAUCAGGCUUCAGAGACAAGACUAUCGUAAAUAAUCACUUGUUUUGAUGGCAUGGAAAUGUUCAGAACUGAAGGAAUCAUUUGUUCUCAAUGCAAACAACUGGACUUAAUCACUUCAAAGCCCUGUUUUCCAGCUCCACAUCCCUUCUAUACAGCAAAUCCUGCUUCAUGAGGAAUGUAGUGCGUCGGUGUAUCAUUAAGAGCUUUCCGCCUUGCUGAGGAAUCAAAAGAGAGAAAUAAGAAUAAUUUGAAAAAACUAAUUACAGUAUUGGCUUCUCUAUGCAAAUUAAUUUAGUAGAAUUACAUACCCUAAAACAUAGAGGCCAAUAAAAUUGAAUGUUAAAAGGCAAUAAAUGACACUAGCGAAAGAAAUAAAGAUAAUUCAUCUAGGGGGCAAGUUGUCACACCAGCAAGAAACUCUCAUUGCUGUUGCCAUGGUGAGUAUUUUAACUAAUUCCCCCCAAACAAACUCACUACUGAACUGUUUGGAAUGGAGGCGUCUGAUGGCAAAUGUCAAUCUUGAUUUCAUCUCUGUCUUUAUAUAGGAAAAGAUAUAUGGAAAUCAUCACACGGAAACAGACUAAAGAGGUCAACAGGUCAAAUGUAUUUUUCUUACAAAAUGUAUAUACUUUAAAGAACAUUUCUUCCAGUUUCAGAGAAUUUUAAAUCUAAGCCUUGCUUUAAAGCCAUAAACAUUCAUCAAUCAGGCUCCUACAGAUCUUAAUCAAGGCAGCACCUUUUCUAUAACUCACAGACAGCUUUGUCCUAUCAAGGACAUAUCUGUAAUGAGAUGGAGCAAAUGGAAUGAGCAGUAUAGAUGACUCAUAAUCCCACUGAAUAAUAAGCCUUGAACCCUGUCAAACACGUGUCUUUCUGAAUCAGAAAUCUUCUAAAACUCACACACUCCCUAUUACCCAGAACACAAUGCAAAUAACCUUGUCCAUCUGCCAACUUACGAUUCUGCAUAUAAUAAACUGCAAAGCCUAUACUCUUCGAAUUUUCUCAUUAAUCACUGCUUCACAAAUCUUACAGAAAUAAUAAGCCACGGUCAAACAUAGACUGGACUGAAUUUUGCGUGCAACUCAAGACUAAGACGAGCUGUGAGUAGUAGUAGUAUAAUUGACCGCACAAAUACGUCAAGGCUCUAUGUGUUAAUGACUUUGCGUCACUAGAAUAUGUUAGCAUCAUUAUUUGGUUCGUAUUUGGAGAGCCAGCUUGCCCGGGGUUGAGUGAGCGGAGCGCGCGAACGCCACAAAUAAAGGAACGCGCGCACCUGCGAGCAUUUACAACUCUGGAAAGACACAACUGAACAGCAUCCUCCUGAACCCCCGCUCAUCUCAGUGUAUCUAAGAGGUAUUAUUACUUCUUUGAUCAAAUUAUUCUAGCUUUAUAUGACAGAAGUGUUUGGUUUGGAUUGUCUAAAUAAAGUUUGGCGCAGGUGUGGAUCUGAGGAUGUCCUGCGGUUGGUUGCUCGUGCUGUUCUCUCAUGUGCUGCUGAUGCUCGCGUGUCCUCGACCCUCGCGCUGUGCGCUCGACUAUCCGUUAUUCACGGACGACAGCGACCAGUCGGAGCGCUAUGAGAAACGAUACAAUGAUAUUGAUUAUGACAGUUUUAUUGGCCUGAUGGGCAGGAGGAGCGCAGGAACAAAUCGUGACACCAAUCCACCAUUUAGACCUAAUAUGAAUGACAUCUUUGUUGGAUUGUUAGGACGGAGAAACACCGUGUCUGAUAUUCCUGUUCGGAGAGGACAGAGAAGAGGCAACAUUUUCUUAAAGGACAGAAUGCAGAGGUUUUGCUGUGGUGUAUGAAGCCUGACUUCUUCAGUCCAGAACUCAUCCACCGUGCAAUUUUGCCAUUCUGAAGAAAAAUUGUCCGUCUUUGUACGAUAACCAAGAUGUACGAGUUUCAGUUUAUUGUCAGUGUGUUCAUUGUAGUAUAUUUUGUCUCUUUUUAUGUAAGAUAACAUUUACAUUAACGCCAUUAAGAUUUCUAAGUACAAAAUGCACCAGACUCAAAUCAAAGGUGUGUUGAUAGAUUUACUUAGUAAUUC